AGUACACACACUCAUAUAUAUAUAUAAAGAGAGAAGAGGCGAACGAGCAGCACAUUCGCCGCUUUUAUUAUCGCCCGUGUGCCCUUCGACGUCGUGAGUCGCUUUGGCAUCAUCAGAAAGAGAUAGGGAAGGAAAGCGCAUUUACUCUCUCCGGCUGUGUGUCCGUCUUGCACACUUCUGUAAGUCAGCUUGUAUUCGCACCUCGACUCGGCACCGUCGUCGUGGUCAAGUGACGACAAGUAGCAUCAAGACCGUCAACGCACACGCACACACACACACACACACACGCAAACAAGCGCAUUUCUUGACUCCCUCGCAUUAAUUAACUGACACGCUUCGCGAAACAGAACAUAGGAAUGAGUCUCUACACGCGACGAGACAGGGUGGACGUGUCCACCUCCGACAGCGAGAUCAACUCUGUCGCCUCCAGCGGUGUUCAGUCGCCCGACGAGGUGGUCGAGGAGCUCGCGCGCAUGGCACUGGCAGGCCACUACUGCGGCAACCCAAUGACCUACGAAACGAACCAGAUGCUACGCGGACACGGCCUCGCGCGCCGCCCAGGAGCGUCAGAGAUCACCGCUGCCGGUCCGUCGCCCCCUCUCACUGCCAAGCAGCCCCCUCGUGGAGGAACAACUGCCGCGUUACAUUCCCUCUCCUCGCAUGUGUCGCCGCAACGCACACCCUUCUAUCCACGGAGACUGACACCCCGCGCAGGUACGAUGACACCGACGGUGGAGCCGGAGAUGGCGGACGACGUCUCGCGAGCGCUGGGACGCAUGUACCGUCACCUCGCACGUGAGUACGCGGCGGAGAUGCAGAAGGAAGCGGCGGAUGCCACGGCGGCGGCGGCCAGUACUGGCGGCGGCGGUGCUGGUAAGAACGACAGCGAUGACGAAGUUGCGGCGGCGGACCCGCCCAAGAAGCCAAAGCAGCGGCAGAAGUCAACUUCACCGGCACUGACGCGUCUGCUCGCCAAAAGUAAGGUGCAGGAGCUGCGACAGACGGAGAAGUACCACAAAAUCAAAGAUCGCGCGGAGGAGGCGCGCAAGCACCCGAAGCGAAUCCACGUGUCACAGAAGGCCGUCGAACUCGGUCGUCGUCUGUACCUCGGGGCACAAGAGCAGCGACGGAUCUUGAAGGAGAUGCAGGAUGAGCAGGAGAAAAAAGCGGCGACCGAGGAGCGUAAGGCGUGCACCUUCCAGCCGUCCAUCUCGCGCUACGCGGAGCGACUCGCGUCGUCGGGCGCGUACUGCACCCUGGAGGAUCGCCUGGAGGAUCAGGCGGUGUACGACGAGGAGCGGCAGCGUCUCCGGUUUGAGCGCGCUGUGGAGAGUGAGAAGGAGUGCACCUUUCGCCCUGCCCUUUCGGUGGGGACGGAACAGCUCAUCGCACGCCAGCGUCGCCGUCACAGUCAGCGUCGACGGAAGAGUCGAUCACGGUCGCGGUCGCGGUCACACCGAGGGCGGAACUCGUCUGCUCGCACGUUGCCGUCUCACGAGCCAUUUGAUCCGGGCGAGCGGCUUUACCGCGACGGGGCGGAGCGCCUGCUGCGGCAGCAGAUACGGCUGCGCAGGGCCGCCGCGAAACAGCAGCGCCACGUCGUCGGCGGGCAGCUGCGUCUGUCGGCAGAGAAAGCAGACGACCUCGCCCAUCGCUUCGACACGUGGGCGGUGUCGCGCGAGCAACGGCAGGCGCAACUGCGGGAUGCGGUGGAGCGCGAGACUCGCGACGGCUCGCAUGCGGCAUCGAGGCGGACGGGAGAGGAGGCAGCUGGCGCAACACGCGGACUGAAUCGAUCGCCUUCCGCGAAGAGUGCUUCGACGGCACGGCCGAAAAGCAGCCCUUUUGUGUCACGGGGUGAUCAGGAAGGCGAGGGAGAGGGGGACAGCCACAGCACAACGCGCACAUCACUGCGGGCGCCACCCUUGCCCAGCGAUAGCCUCGCCCCGGCCGCUUCGCGCGCAUCCGCACAUGGUGUUAACGGUCACAACAAUAGAGCAGCUCCGGAGGCAACUGCAAUAGGGGUCGUGCCUCUUCGCUUCUUUGCCACCGCCGGUUCCACCAAACCCCACAGCGGCGCGGACUCUAGCACUCAGGGCGACUCUUCUACGGAAGCUUUGUCUCUCGACCCGGCAGCGCGCAAGGCGCAGCUGCGCAUCCGUCUCGGCGCGCUCUUCUACAAGUACGCCGUCGCACCGACGUCUUCUACGGUUAGCCUGGCUGAGGUGAAACACCAGGUAAGCUGCUACUACCCAGAGGACUGGGGUGUGGCCGCAGCGCUGAGCUCCUCCUUUGACGACGAGCAGCAGCGACUGCCCAAGAACGAAUUCAUGGCGGCCCUCGCGCGUUACAUUGCGCAGAACGGGCCACAACCAUGGUGCAUGCCCCAGCAGAGAAGGCGCGACGGCGGCAAUGGCCAUCCGCACGGAAGUCCCACACCGACGAGCGACAAAAGUUAUGCGCCUGCUGCGACGGCAGCUGCGGCGCGGGGCGACUUCCUUGAACGUCUGAAUGCUCCCACGAGCUCACUAGGGUCCUCCGCCAAGGAGGAGCAAACAUCUGCAGCGGCAGCGGCAGCAACGCGUCUACAGGCUGCCAUAGGAAGUGCAGGCAGCAGCCACGUUGAUGUUCCUUCAUCCCGGUCUGCAACGCCGACGGACUCGGUCAGGCAGGCAGGAGUGGGCAUCUUGCCCAGAAACGGCGGGCAAGGGAGGGAAGGUUCCUUGUCGGCCGAGGUGGCUCCUGCGUCUUCCCUUGCGGUCGAUCACAAACCUCUGCGGACUCACAUUUAUCAUCGUUCAAGAGGAAUCGCGGGUUCUUCUGGGUCUCCCGCACCGGGGCGGCAGGCAACAGAGACUCCUGUUGAAGUGACGCCAACGAACGGGCCGAACGUCGACUCGACGGGUGGUCUGACUGCGCCGCAUUCCGCUUCCGCAGACACAGCAACACGGCCCAAAGAGCAACGUUCCGCUCCCCGCACCGCCUCUCCCGAAAAAGGACCUGCGGCGCAGCUCGUGCAGGGCUAUCAAGGACACGUGCAGCGACAUCGUCGAUCCAUGACGGGGAUCAAAUCGGGCGUUGAGUCAGCGGGUUCAGGCGAGAGAGACGAGAACUGCACCUUCCAGCCUACACUUAACCGGCGUAGUGUGGAACUGAGCAGCGUAAACCUGGAGAAGCGGUUGCUGUACGCACGUGAGCUUCAACUGAGGCGCCAGCAGCUGCAGAUGCUGCGUGCCUCGGUGCUGAAAGCGGCAGACGAUGACUACUCGGUGGCUUCUUGUUCUCGUGCUCCUGCCUCUCCAGGCAGUGCCACGAACAACGCGGCCGCCUCUUCGACUCCCCGUGCAGCAAAUCUAAAAACCCGCGGUGCGCGAAGAGCAGGCCUUCCAAAGAGUGCACGUACACCACCCAAGCCGCAGCUCACCCCUCCUCGCGCAUCUUCUGGCGACGGCGGCGACGUCUCUUCCGCUGCGCAGGUGAGGAGCCCGUCUAUCAACGUGUCGAGUCUGUCCAGCACCACAGCAGCGGGCGAACACAGCGGAGCAACGGUGUCGAACAGACCGUCUCCCGCACGAAAGGGGCCGUGCCCGACGGAGGAGUUGAAGAGUUUCACCCUGGCAGGGCCGCUCGACCCACAAAGCCCCACACGUUUGUCGACAAACGGAGCGGGCGAGACGCCUUCAGACAGCGCUGCGGUUGUGCCGGCGGCGUCUCGCUUCCGCGCAACGAAGCCAGACAAGGCUGUUUUAGCCGCUGACGACGUCGUCACACCACGCCACGCCGCCCGACGGCAGCAAAACUUGAAUAGAACCGCUCCUUAA